AUGCAACAACACCAGCAUCACUACAUUGACAGACAACGAUCUCGACUGAUAGACAACAGUCAUAAGAUGAAAAUCGAUGAUUUCUAUAUGAAAUUAGAACGAAUUCGCUUAACUGCUGCAGCUUCUUCAUCGAAACAGUGUUCACAUCGAUCAGCGACGGAAUUGCUAGAUGAAUCGAAAGCAUUUUUCGUCAAAAGUCAAGAAGUUUUACAGAAUCGACAGACACUUCUGAAUAACAAAACCUCAACUGAUCAACAACAACCACAACACUUUACUCCUUCACUUCGACUAACAAAAUCUCGUCGAUCUCCGUACCAAGACACUCCGUUUGAACAUGACCAAUUUCGACUCGACUCACUAAAUGUGCCACUACGAUCAUCCACACCUCCAAAUUCUUCUCUUAAUGAUUGUGGUGCGUUCGAAAGUGUAAGUUUAUUAUCACUUUCCGACCAAACGACAUUGGAUAGCACAAAUAGUCCAUCAAAUAUCCGAAGAACAGUUGUUCCAUCAACGUCAUUAUCUGUGAUUGAACGUAAUGCACGAAUAAUCAAAUGGCUCUUUCAACUAAAUAAAGCUAACGCAUCACCUUCCUUUCAAGAACUUCAGUAG